UACAAUCAAUGUCAUCCCUUUUAGUACCAGGAAGUUUACAUUUUGUGCCACAGUGUGCAGAAUGUAGCUAAAGCUUGCUGUUCUUCAAAAGAGCAUCAUGGGUAACACAGAGAGUGUGGUGGUGCAGAAGCGCCUGGCCCGCUUCCGUCCCGAGGAGCGGCCUGUGUUGGAGGGGGUCUUCGACAGGCUCCAGCGCGGUGCUGAGGGCCCUGCAGAAGCCCCCGGGAAAACCCCAGCAGGGAAGACUCUAACGCUUGAGGUGUUGCAGUCCUCAAUGGGCAGCCUGGUACCAGACUCCAUGGUGAGGAGGAUCUACCAUUGCAUGCGUACCAUCGACCCUGGACUCGCAGCACCCGCAGCUUCUGGGAAGACUAGCACCUCGGGUGCCUCUGGAGUAGCUCGAGAGCAAUUGGUCAUCUUCCUAGCCGACACGCUGCGAGGCACUGCAGAGGAACGGGCUCCUCUCGUCAUGGCCAUGUGCCAGCGUGGGGCAGGGACAGCAGUGGUUGUCACAUGUGAGCAGGUGGCAGAGUUCCUCCAGGACCUGAUUUCUGCUGUAGUUCAGAUCCUGGUCCACAGAGGGCGCCUGCAGGCCUGGAAGCCAGAGCGAAUGGGUGAUGGCUCCCUAGGUGUCAAACUCCUGGCAGAGCACAUGUGCUCUGAACUCAAACCCUCAGCUCAAGGAUGUUAUGAUGUUUCCUGUCUGGAGGACUGGAUCUUCAGGGUCUCCCAGGUUUCAUUGUACCUGGAGAUCCUGGUAGCUGAGGGCCUAAACGUGUCCCUGAGCGGCCGGCCGGCCCCCACCCUGCUGCCCCCCUGCAUCGGGACGCCCUGGAAAGAGCUGAGGUGUCUGCUGGACCUUCCCACCCUUAUGUUUCUGGCUCCACAGUUGCCAGACAGCUACAGCGCCCCCUGGAGACUCGUGUUUUCCACGCGGCUGCAUGGGGAGAGCUUCACCAGGAUGGCUGCCGGUCUGACAAAAUGUGGGCCCACCCUGCUGCUUAUUAAAGACACAAAGGGGCAUGUUUUUGGGGGCUUUGCCUCCCACGCCUGGGAGGUCAAACCUCAGUUCCAGGGUGACUCCAGAUGCUUCCUGUUCUCAGUGUUCCCCAGACUGAGAGUUUAUACAGCAACAGGAUACAACCAACACUUCAUGUACUUUAACCAGAAUCAGCAGACCAUGCCCAACGGACUGGGGAUGGGCGGUCAGCUAUACUACUUUGGCCUGUGGCUGGACAGUGAUUUCGGUCGUGGUCAUAGCCGUGCGCGGCCCAAGUGCACCACCUACGGCAGCCCACAGCUUUCUGGAGAGGAGGACUUCACCCUGGCCUCAAUGGAAGUGUGGGCGGUUGGAAAACCCCCAGAGCCAGAGGAGGGUGAGGAGGGGAAGGGCAAGAAGAGUAUCCUGGAUAUGGAUCCAGAGGUCCAGGCCAUGAUGGAGAUGGCAGGGAAGACUCUACACAGCCAGGGCCUCAGGGAGCCAGAGGAAGACUAGGAGCAGUGAAGAGCAACAAAACCAAAACAGUCUUAACUCAUCCAGGCUCUUGUUCCACCUGGUUCUGACACAAGUUGGGAUUUUGUCAUCUCACAUAGCUGGACAAUAUUUCUUGCACCUGACGUCUCCUGUAUACAAAUUGGAUUUCUCUUUCUCUGCCUUUCAGCCUUCAACACAGAAAAUGCAGCUGCUGUUAAAUAUGGUGCAGGCUAGAGAAGGUGUCAUCACAACAUAAACCAUGCUAACGAGGCCUAAAAAGCCUGGUGUGACCCAUUCACACACAACUGAAAGCUACGAGUGUGAAAGCUUCAAGCCAGCUUUCAUCAUGAGUAUGUAAGGGACCAGCGUGCCAUGGGUGUGUUCAAUCUUAUCUCAUCCAAGCUGCACUGGUGUUUGACCGAAGCAAGCAAAUAUACGAGACUUACCACAGACAAAUGCAUCAGAUAAGGAGCAGUGGAAGCAGUUUGUUUCUCCGCAGUUGCCUCAGUCAACCACAUUGACAGGCCAUCUCUAUUGAAACCACGAACUGAAGUAUUAGGAAGAGAAAAGUGAGCACAACUAAACAGUUAUUUACACCAUUUAUAGUUAUGUAUAACAGUACAAGAAUACAUGGAAAUAUCCUAAAGGGUCUUGGUUGUAGUGGGGGGGUUGAGAUCCUCUCAAGGGAGACAUAUCAUGCUCAUUUUCAUGAUCAUACUUGUGUUUUGGGUUUCUACACAUGUAAAUGCUUUUUAAAAAAUUGGGGCUAAUGUGAGCUGAUGAGAUCAGAAAAUAAUCUCAUCAGCUCACAUAACACGCAAUGGGUUGUCUUAUUUCACAGUUUGUGGCUUGGCAGACACUCCAGAUAUCCAAAUGGAUGCCCAGCACUGGGAAAGGGGACAUUUUCAUGGUAUGUCCCCUUUAAGGCAAUUUUAAGAAAAGCCUACUUGUGAAUUGCUGUGUGACUGAUUAUUUUAUUGCUGCAAAAUUGACAAACCUUCAGGUUUAGAUGACCAAUUGUGACAUACACGUCAUUCUCUAUCUACUGUACUAGUUCACCGAACAUGUGACUAAUGAGAUCCUUCAUAAGCUGUUUAACUAUCGGAGAAGUUUAGGAGUUAUUCAGGGAAUUUCUCCAGUACAAGACUUGAAAUUGACUGUUUAUUCAAAUACCAGGGAUUCUAAAUACUUUGUCCCUCCUCAAACUGACAGCUUUGGAUAAGCUUCAUGAAUACAAGAGACACAACUUCUUCAAACUACUCAUUUUUACAGAAUGGAGGCGCUACUGGAUGGUUUAUUUAUUUAAUUUUUUUGUUCAAGGCGUGUUGCUUGCUUCAUGUGUUAUGACCCAGACAUUAGAUGAGAAAUGAGUUGUAAAGACAAAUAGAGGAAUGCCUCAUAUUAUCAUGGUAAUAGACCUGUAUCGUCCAUGCAGAUGUGAUUCUGUUGUCUUACUGCAGUAAGCCAAUGAGUUUUAUCAAAUACAACUUAGACUGAGGAACUGCAUCCAACUCAAUGGGAGUGUGGUACAAAUUAUUAAUAAGUUUAACUAGUUGCUGACCAAUUGCACAGCACUGUAAAACAUCACAGGCACGGGGAGGCGUUUAUGUCCUCGGACCCAGUAAUAAAAGUAUGUACCUGUAGCACUGUAGUAGGACAAAUGACCAUUUAGACAUUGGAACCGCAUCUGUCUGGCUAUUUUGGACAAUUGUGCAGUUUGAAUUAUGCGUAUUGCCUCCUACAACAAUUUCAAUGUUAUUGUUAUUGAAUAUAGUGUUUAAAGUUGAUGUAGGAUGUUGUGUGUAUGUGUGUGUGUGUGUGUGUGUGUGUGUGUGUUUGUGUGUAGUGAAAACAGUAUCCGAGUGUUGCUUGUAUUACAGUAAGAGGGGUCUAGAAGGUUCAACUUUCACUUGUGUUUCUCAGUUGAGGGAGCUGUGACCAUUUCUGUCUUCAUGUGAUCACGUCUGACAGACAGGCUGGAAAACGUUGGCAUCAACAUGUAAAUAAUCAGAUCCCCGAUUUGACAUCCUGACUACCCGCCCAGAGACUGAAAGGUGACUUUGUGCUGAUCCCCGUCCUCUUCUGUUCUGCUAUCAUGCAAAUGACGGAGCCAAGUUACCCAUGCAAAUCUCCGGUAUAAUCUUACAGCUACUCACGCGGUAGCACGCUGGACAUGGUUCCAUAAAGAAGGUUUAGACUUGUCUUUA